UGGGUCCUGCUGUCUGGGAACGCACUGUCGCCAUGAUCUCUUAUCUCACCUUAUUAAAGAUGGAUUGCAGUUACUGAUGGGAAGAAGUCCAAUAUGAGUGGAAAUGAUACCGGAGGAAGAAGACGCUUUGAAGACACAGAGCACACACUACACAUCUACCCUGGGAACAUUGCCGAAGGGACCAUUUAUUGUCCUGUUAUUGCACGGAAAACAUCUACCGCUGCUGAGGUGAUAGACUCUCUGAUUAACAAACUGCAGCUGGACAAAACAAAAUGCUACGUCUUGGCCGAAGUGAAGGAGUUUGGUGGGGAGGAAUGGAUCCUCAACCCCACAGACUGCCCUGUCCAACGCAUGAUGCUCUGGCCACGGAUGGCCCUGGAGAACCGCUUGAGCGGAGAGGACUAUCGUUUUCUUCUGAGAGAAAAAAACCUGGAUGGAUCAAUCCAUUACGCCAGUCUCCAGUCCUGGUUGCAGGUCACCGAAGAACGGCGCAGAAUGAUGGAACGUGGCUUCCUUCCCCAACCGCAGUACAAGGAUUACGAUGAUUUGUGCGCAUUGCCGGAUCUGAACGAGAGGACACUCUUGGAAAACCUUAGAAAUCGCUUUAAGCAAGAAAAAAUCUACACCUACGUUGGAAGCAUUUUAAUAGUCAUUAACCCGUUCAAAUUCCUUCCCAUUUAUAACCCUAAAUAUGUCAAGAUGUACGAUAAUCAUCAGCUGGGUAAGCUGGAGCCCCACAUCUACGCGGUGGCUGACGUCGCGUAUCAUGCCAUGCUACUGCGUCGGAAGAACCAAUGUAUAGUCAUUUCCGGAGAAAGCGGGUCUGGCAAAACCCAGAGCACAAAUUUCUUGAUUCAUCACCUCACCGCUCUUAGCCAAAAGGGAUUCGCAAGUGGAGUAGAACAAAUCAUUCUUGGAGCUGGACCAGUGCUGGAGGCCUUUGGGAAUGCCAAGACAGCACACAACAACAAUUCAAGUCGCUUUGGCAAAUUUAUUCAAGUAAAUUAUCAGGAGACUGGCACUGUGCGUGGAGCUUAUGUUGAAAAGUAUCUACUAGAAAAGUCCAGACUAGUCUAUCAGGAACAUAAUGAAAGGAACUACCAUGUAUUUUAUUACCUGCUGGCAGGAGCAAGCGAAGAAGAGAAAUCUGCUUUUCACCUUAAACAGCCUGAUGAAUAUCACUACCUUAAUCAGAUGACAAAGAAACCCCCUAAACACAGCUGGGAUGACUGUUACUAUGACUCUGAGCCGGAUUGCUUCUCUGUUGAAGGUGAGGACUUGAAGCAUGAUUUUGAACGUUUGCAGCUAGCUAUGGAGAUGGUGGGCUUUCUUCCCAAGACCCGCAGGCAGAUAUUUUCCCUUCUGUCAGCAAUACUACACUUGGGUAACAUCUGUUAUAAGAAAAAAACCUACCGGGACGAUUCCAUAGAUAUCUGUAAUCCAGAAGUCUUGCCUAUUGUCUCAGAGUUACUUGAGAUCUUAGGGGUAUUUGUUGUACGUGCCAGUAGUUUCAAAGCAAGAGACGACUGCCUUUUCUGUUUCAAGGUGUCCCACCGACCCAAAACUUUGUGUCUUUGUGCCUUUUAA